AUGGUUGAGCAUUUAGCCCCACCAAUACCAAAUGCGGGCAUAGCUGUCUACGGCGCACAUUCCGAAGCGCUGAAUUCUGCGGAAAACAAUGCGCAGCAGGAAGCGCCUGGAAAUGUGCAGACUACAGAUGAACUGCAGUCGUGGUCGGACGCACACAGCCAUGUGCGCUCUGGCUAUGGCGCGGAUAGCCGCAUAUCGCAUUACACGUCUGCCCAAGAAAGUGUUGCGACUGGGUACACCUCUGCGAACUCGCAGUUUGACGAUGCGGUGCCGUAUAUGGGUGCAUCGCACAACGACGCGACAUGGACAUCUCCGCAGUCGACAUGGAUGCCUCGGCCUGCUAGCGGUGCCAUUCCCGUAGAUAUUCUCGAUCCUGUGGGCGGCAAGGAAAUGGCCCAGCGUAUUGCGGCAGAAGAUUCGCUGAGCAAUGACGAAAUGACCCAGCAAGGCGAUUUAGAAAAGAAGCAGGGCUCCGCGGACCCUUUUGACGAACAUGCCACCUUUAACCUUGGAUUGUUUUUGCGCGAUACGAUAGAGGAGCAGCAACAGCGUGGCUACCUGCCGCCGACCAUGGGCGUUGCAUUCCAGGAUCUCAAAGUCACUGGCUACGGCGUCGGCGCUAAAUUCAACACCACGCUUGGCUCGCUCUUCACCGCACCGUUCCGCCUCAUUUCUGAUUUCCGUGGCAUGACUGCGCGUCACGUAAAGCAUAUUCUGUACGGCGUCACUGGCUGUGUCAAGCCCGGCGAAAUGCUGCUGGUUUUGGGGCGUCCCGGCGCUGGCAGCACAACGUUUCUCAAGUCACUCUGCUCUUACCGCGAAGGCUACCGCAGCAUCGAAGGCGACGUGCUUUACGAAGGCUUUUCGUACAAAAUGAUUAAUGGGCCGCUGCGCGGCGAAGUCGUGUACGCGCCGGAAGAUGAUAUUCAUUUUCCCGUGCUUUCUGUUGCGGAUACGCUUGGAUUUGCCGCUGCGGCGCGCGCACCGAACGACAAGUAUCGCCCUACGCUGGACAGGUAUCCGAAGCGCAAAGACUAUGCGGGCUUCGUGCGCGAAGCGAUCGCCACAGUGCUUGGUCUGCGCCAUACAUACAACACAAAGGUUGGCAAUGCGACCAUCCGCGGUGUUUCUGGCGGUGAGCGGAAGCGCGUGUCGAUUGGGGAAGUAUUGGCUUCGCGUGCGCGCAUCGUCAUGUUUGACAACUCUUCGCGUGGUCUCGACUCUUCCACCGCCCUCGAAUUUGGUCAAGCGCUGCGUGUGUCGACGGAUGUUGCGCGCACGACGACCUUGUCCAGUAUCUACCAGGCCGGCGAGUCGCUCACGAAGCUCUUUGAUAAGGUUGUGGUCUUGAACCAAGGGCGCUGUGUGUACUUUGGUCCUCGCGCCCAAGCAGCCGACUACUUUAAGUCGAUUGGCUAUCUUCCGCACGACCGCCAGACCACAGCCGACUUCUUGGUUUCUUGCACGGACCCUGUUGGACGCCGAUUGAAUCCUGCCUUCAACACAGUCCCCGUCACGCCCGACGAGCAGGCUAUGGCCUUCAGUCAUUCGGAUCUCGGCCGCGCUAACCAAGCCGAGGUCGAGGCGUACAUGAGCGAAAUGCGUGGCGGCGCGACGCCCGAGUCGAAGAAGGAAUUCAUUACACGCAUGCGCGAGCUCCGCUCCAAGCACGAGCGCCGCAACAGUCCAUACUUGCUUACAUGGGGCCAACAGGUGCGCCUCGCCAUCCGUCGUCGAUUCAAGAUCACACUCGGCGAAUAUCCAAUUUUCAUCAUUAUGUUUUCUGCCAACCUGUUCCAAGCACUAAUUAUGGGUUCUGUCUUUUUCCAAAUGCCAAAAAUGUCCAGCGGAUUGUUCUCGCGCAGCGGUGUCAUCUUUUUUGCCCUGCUCUACAACAGUUUCUCGGCCAUGGCCGAAGUGCCGAACAACUACGAGCAGCGUCCGAUUGUCAUUCGGCACCAGCGCUUUGCAUUUCUGCACCCUUCUGCCGACGCGAUUGGCCUGUCGCUACUUGAUAUUCCCUCACGCUUUAUCCCCCUCACUGGUUUUAUCAUCGUCCUCUACUUUAUGACUGGCUUGGAAUAUGACGCGGGCAAGUUUUUCAUCUUCUUUUUCUUGACUGCGCUCAUCACAUUUACUAUGGUGACAUUUUUCCGCAUGAUCACGGCCCUGACGCGCUCCGUUGCCGUUGCGACGAUGGUCGCCGGUCUGGUGAUUAUCGACUGUGCUUUGUACGCGGGCUACGCCAUUCCCCGACCGUCCAUGGUAGUUUGGUGGCGCUGGCUGAGUUACUGUAAUCCCGUUGCAUUUGGUUUCGAAGUCUUGCUUGCGAACGAGUUCCGCGGCGUGCGUUUCGGCUGCAGCCAGUUGGUCCCUUCCGGGCCCCAGUAUGCUAAUGCGCCGCUCGCGAACAAGGUAUGCGCCAUUGCAGGUGGACAGCCAGGUGAAGACACAGUCGAUGCCUCGACUUACAUUGACCUUGUUUACGGUUAUACCUGGGACAAUGCACACAGAAAUGUGGGCAUUAUCAUUGGCUUCUGGAUCUUCUUCUUGAUUUUGUACAUGGCAGCAUCUGAAUUCCAAACCGACCCUGCCUCCUCGGGCGGUGUGAUGAUUUUUAAGCGCGGCGUAAUGAAGCGCUCCGAGCUAACCCGCGCGGAAAAAAAAGCGACAAACGAGAUCCCCGACGAGCAAGGCGACACUAUGCUUGCUACGCAGGAACGCGAACCGGAUCUUAAAGGCAAGUUGUAUGUCGCAGACGAGGUGUUCAGCUUCGAGCACGUCAACUUUGACGUGAUGAUCAAGGGCGAGCCGCGCCGCCUGCUCAACGAUGUAUCGGGCUUUGUCGCUCCCGGCAAAAUGACGGCAUUGAUGGGCGAGAGCGGUGCCGGGAAAACGACAUUGCUGAACGUUUUGGCGCAGCGCUCAGACGUUGGCGUUGUCCACGGCGACUUUUUCGUGAAUGGACGCGCACUGCCGCGCUCUUUCCAGGCGGAUACUGGCUACUGCCAGCAGCAGGAUGUGCAUCUUGCACAAACCACCGUGCGCGAAGCGCUUCAGUUUUCUGCGCUGCUCCGCCAGCCGCGCGAGACGCCGAAGGAAGAGCGACUUGCGUACGUCGAGACGGUGAUUGAGCUGCUUGAGAUGCAGUCGUUUGCCGAGGCGCUCGUCGGUGAAGUCUCGGAGGGUCUGAAUGUCGAGCAGCGCAAGCGCUUGACGAUCGGCGUCGAGCUUGCCGCGAAGCCAAGCUUGCUUCUUUUCCUCGACGAGCCCACGUCGGGCUUGGAUGCACAAGCGGCGUGGUCGAUCGUGCGUUUCCUUAAGAAGCUUGCGAACGAAGGCCAAGCCAUUCUCUGCACGAUUCACCAACCGAGCGGUGAAUUAUUCAACCAAUUUGACCGCUUGUUGCUGCUGCAGAAAGGCGGCAAGACGGUCUACUUUGGCGACAUUGGCGAGAACUCGAUCGAGCUGCUGAGCUACUUCAAGGAGCGCAGCGACUUGCCUUUCGACGAACAGACGAACCCAGCCGAGUACAUCCUCGAUGUCAUUGGCGCAGGUGCAGCGGCGACUACCGACAAGGAUUGGUUCCAAGUGUUCCACGAAAGUGCCUUGUAUUCGCAACUUGAAAAAGAGCUCGCCGUGUUUAGGGCGCGCCGCAGCGACGAUGGCGCCAUUUCCAAAGAGACUGCGCAGCGCAACAACCGUGAGUAUGCACAGCCUCCUUCGGUCCAAAUGCGCGUCACUAUCAGGCGCAUCUUUAUUGCCUACUGGCGCGAUCCCGUCUAUGUGGGCUCCAAGCUUUUUCUCAACGUCUUUGCCGGUCUCUUUAUCGGCUCGAGUUUCUGGGGCCAGGGCCAGAAAGAUUCGUCUGCUGCGCUGCAAAACAAGCUGUUUGCCGUGUUCAUGUCCCUUGUUAUUUCCACUUCGCUCUCCCAACAGCUGCAGCCCAUGUUUCUCAACUACCGCGAGCUGUUUGAGGCGCGCGAACGCCCGUCGAAAAUGUACAGCUGGGUUGCGUUUUUGAUCAGUGCUGCGAUUGUUGAAGUUCCGUGGAACUUUCUCGGCGGCACGCUCUUUUGGGCUCCGUGGUACUUUAUGGUGCAGUUUGGCAACGAAGGCAAGCGUGCGGGUUAUAGCUGGGGCUCCUACAUGCUUUUCCAGCUCUACUUUUGCACGUUUGCCCAAGCUGUUGCCACAGUGGCGCCCAACGCCAUGGUUGCCUCCAUCCUCUUUUCGACGUUCUUCUCUUUUGUGAUUGUCUUUUGUGGUGUGGUCCAGCCUCCCAACCAACUGCCCUACUUUUGGCGAUCGUGGAUGUUCCGUCUCAGUCCGUUUACAUGGAUUGUCGAAGGCCAGCUUGGCAAUGCGAUCCACGACAAGCCUGUGCGCUGCGACCACGACGAAAUGAACACGGUCAUUCCACCCGCUGGCCAGACAUGCGACCAAUACUUGCAGCCAUUUUCCCUGCCGCUCUCUGCGCCGGAGAAUCCGAAUGUGACGGGAUACUACGUAUCGAACCCCGACAAUACGUGCGGCUUUUGCUCCAUGCGCCAGGGCGAAGACUACUUGCGCAGCAUCGAGAUGAAUUCCGCGCAUCGCUUCAAUGAUCUGGGCUACCUCUGCGCCUACAUUGUAUUCAACCUUGCCCUCUACUUUUUGUUCUUCUACCUUUUCCGCGUGCAUCGCUGGUCCUGGAUUAAGUCCAAGGGCAAGAAGAAGACGCCUGUAAAUGAUAUCGCGAAGCUCGGCGAAGAAGAGCUGGAGAAUGCGCAAGGGCCGCAGCCACACGCCUAA